GAGGGAAAGCUUCUUUUACUUACGCUAUUUCUAUCUGGCUACUUGCUACCCCACCGCAAUACGACAGCAGACGUUACAAGAGACCAUCUACUAUUUUUUCCUUUUGUCUUCGCCCCCCUCCCGACAAUUUGCUGACUAAGGAAUUUUGAUGAUGACUGUUGUUGACCAAUGAAUUGUGACUUUGUUUAUCGAUAUUUGUUGUGGUGAGUUGUGAAUGUGAUGAUUUAAUAAUGUUCGGCCUUGGCGAUUUACUUAUUGAUGGUCGGUUGGAUUUUUGAUAGGAGCCUGGACAUAAAAUUGUUCGCCGCCCGAUGGACUGAUUUCAUUUACUUGUGUUCAUUGAUUUCAGUUCAGGAGAAAGUGACGAAGAUAAUGUUUAAUAUUAUGACUUCAAGGAGAGUGAAAUAUAAAGUACUGACUAAAUUAAAAGUGUGACAUUAAUUGUCUUCUAAAAUAAUAAUAAUCAAUAUAAAUUCACCACUCGACAGUGACAAUUAAUUAAUAGUAAUUUGUAAUCAAGUGUAGUAAUUAUAUACAUAUAACUCAACAUGGCGUCCACAAGGUCACAGUCGACGCGGAGUACGAGAAGCAGUAAACCUUUAACAACCCCGACAGAAACGUCCAUGGAAGUUGACGAAGUCGUCAGCGGCCUUCAACAGUUGGCGAGAGGAGCCACAGAUUUUAGCAAAUCCUCACCGACGGAUCAUCAAAAUAAUAAAUUAAAAGAAACCAAGGGAGGAGAUAGCGGGACAACGCCAGGAGACAGUAGUGCCACAACGACAACGACGGCCGACUGUUCUUUCCCAAAUAAUUUACUCGACGCGGCGGCCAGUUCGACAGCAAUGGAGACAGACCCCACUGUAGAGUCCUCCUCUGACUCGAGCAGUUCUGACUCUAGUGAUUCCUCUGACUCUGAAGAUACCUCAGAAACUGAUGAGGAAACUGCAGCAAAAAACAAAUUGCAAGACCAAGAUGAUCUUCAAAUUCUAGAAAAGAUGUUUUUAUACACCAGAGAACAGUCCUAUGACGAAAAGAUGCGUGCUGUCAAUACAAAACUAGAAGAAGUUCACUCGGGUAGGGCCCAGGAAUAUUUGAGACCGUUGGAGCAACUUCAGAAAAACAUGAUGGUGAAAAUAGAAAUAGCGUCCCAACGGAGAAGGUAUCGGAUUAGUAAUGUUAAACAUAAAUCCGAAUCUGAGAAAUUAGCUGCACCUCAGAAUUUAGAAAGUGACACCCAGCUACUUUAUGAUAACAUUAAAUUAGAUUUAGAAGAUAAUAUGCGUAGAUUAGAAGAGGAUCGUCAUAAUGAUUUCUCAUCUGAUUUCUGGUAUGAGGGAAUACUAAAAAAGAAGAAUAAAAAAUCUAUAGACCUUUUUGGGGAGAGGAAGAAAAAGCCCUGCAAUGUCAACGGUCCAUAUAUCGUGUACAUGCUAAGUGACGUAGAUAUUAUGGAAGAUUGGAGCGUAAUUAAAAAGAUCCUUGCAGCUCCCAAGAGAAAAUGCAUUGAUCCUCUUGUUUUUUAACAAAAUGAUUGAUUACUUUGUAGUUAGUGCGUCGUGUAUUUAAAUAUAUCAUUUUAUAUUACAUAUUAAGACUUGUGACAAACAAAUUUAGUUUAUAAGGUUGUAAUUUUUAGGAUAUAAUUUUGAACUUAUUCUUGUAAUAUCACUCAAAAGAUCAUGCUUCCUGUGUACCACACAAUACAUUGAAAUUAAAUUGUGUAUCUGAAAAACUGUACAUGCAUGUAACUGUGUCACCACACAUUCAUUAUUCCUAACUUUUCAGUUUUAGAAUGCAAUGCCUUUAUUUCUGAACUAAUGAGUUUCUAACUCUUUCAGUUCAGUCAUUAUAAUAUCCCGAUUCGACAACUUUCCGUGUAACUUUCAGUGAACUUAAUUAGAGUGCUAAAUAAAGAUAAGACUACGUGAUGGGA